AUGUGGGCCAGGACGGUGCUUUCUCUCGGGCUGUGGCUGCGGUUUGCUGCGGGACAGAACGUACCUGAGAGAGGUCCCCAGCCAUCUGUCUCCAGCUCAGAGGGGGAUCUCCUCUUCCUGCUGGACAGCUCUGCCAGCGUUUCCUACUAUGAGUUUUCCAGGGUCAAGGAAUUCAUGUGGGACCUUGUGCAACCUUUCACCUUCGGCCCCAGAGAUGUCCAGACCAGCAUCAUCCACAUCAGCACCACGCCCACCAUGGAGUUCCCCUUUGACCAGAACCUCUCUGGUGAGAGCCUGCACCAAGCCAUCCGGGGCACUCAGCAGCUCAUGGGUGACACCAACACGGGCAAAGCCCUCUCCUAUGCCAAGGAGAAGUUAUUCAGCAAUGAAGCUGGUGCCCGACCAAACGUGCCCAAGGUACUGGUCUGGGUGACAGAUGGUUUCUCCACUGAUGACAUCUCUGAACCCAUGCAGCUCCUGAAGGACAUGGGAGUAACAGUCUUCAUUGUCAGCACUGGGCGGGGGAAUUACCUGGAGCUCUCUGCUGCUGCCAGCCAGCCUCCUGAGAAGCACCUGCACUUUGUGGAUGUGGAUGACCUCCCCAUCAUCACCCAGGAGCUCCGAGAUGCUAUCCUAGAUGUUAUCCAGGCAAACCGGCUCCACGCAGUGGAUGUCACCUCCAGCAGCUUCCGCCUGACCUGGCCCCAACUCCUCACCCAAGACACCGACUACUACACCCUGGAGUAUGCCCCAAGAGAUGACCUAGCAAGGAAGAAGACAAAGCAAGUGUCUGGGGCUCACACCAGCCUGGUGCUGAGCAACCUUGCACCAGAAACGACCUACGAGGUGGCACUCAUCCCUGAAUCCAACGUCCUCUACUUCCCUCCCCAGACAACAAGGGUGACUACACUGCCAGAGGAAAUAAGCCCAGCUCAGGUUCUCAUCUCAGAGUCGGGGCCGUACAGCUUCCACGUGAGCUGGGCUCCUACUCUGGACAGUGUGACUGGCUACCAGGUCCUCUAUGGGCCACUCCCUGGCAACUCGGUGAAGCUCCUGGAGGUGGAUGGCAAGCACAACAGCACCCUGGUGGAGCACCUGGCACCCAACACCACCUACCUGGUGACAGUGACUGCAGUCUACAGGUCGGGGAAGGAGAAGUCCCUCUCUGCUAAGGCGUGCACUCAGGAAGAGGGCUCCAGAGUGCGGCGCCUGCGCUUCGAGGACGUGGGCCCCGGCGCCCUGAGGGCCUCCUGGGACGCCGCCGACGGGAAGGUCCUGGGCUACAGGGUGAGGUGCCGGCGGCAG